AGAAGUCGAAAACAGUAAUUUAAACUAAGAAUUAUUUAACUAAGCUCAUGAAUCCUAAUCUAGCGACUUUCACAGAUGUUCUCGGCGAUGAAAUAUGCAACUCCCAACCUUUAUCCCUUCCAUCAUCAGGGGAAAGGUCUGAGUGUUUGCCUGUAAGAGAAACGAGAACAUCUCCAACGAGACCUAGAGUUAUUAUACGGCCACCUAAAGGUACCGGACAACGGGGUCCACUGCGAAGUGUCGAGGAAAUAGAUCCGAAAUAUCGCGAUGUAUUCACGUAUAAAUAUUUCAAUUUAGUCCAAUCAAGUGUUAUUGAAGAUGCUAUUUAUUCAGAUAAAUCUAUUGUCGUAUGUGCACCAACCGGAUCGGGAAAAACAGUGGUUUUCGAAAUGGCGAUAGUGCAACUUCUAAUGGAGCUGGAAGAAAGACAAUGCGAUGAGGAUUUCAAAAUCAUUUAUAUGGCCCCCGUGAAAGCUCUAUGUACGGAAAGGUUAACGGAAUGGUAUCCGAAGUUCACUAAACUAGGAUUGCUAUGUAUCGAAGUGACCGGCGAUACUGAUGUUGAUUUCACGCAGUUGAAGCCGUACAAGAUCAUAAUUACUACUCCUGAGAAAUGGGACAUGUUGACUCGUCGUUGGCGCGACCACAGAAGUCUUGUUGAAGUCAUCAAGUUGUUCCUUAUCGAUGAAGUACAUAUCCUGAACGAUGAGCUCCGAGGACCCGUGCUGGAAGCCGUUGUAAGCAGAAUGAAGACUAUUGAGAGCUCAGCUCAAUCAGUUCACCGUAUAGAACAGUUACAAAAGGAACUCAAAGGUGAAGUGGUCUCCAACAAGUCUGCACCAAGAAUAAGGUUUGUUGCAGUGUCCGCUACUGUCAGCAACCCUGAAGAUGUCGCUAGCUGGCUCGGUUCUAGUGAUAAACCCGCUGUGUUUCAUAAAUUCGGUGAUGAGUGUCGUCCUGUAAAGUUGAAGCGCAUAGUAGAAGGCUACCCGUGCCCGGAAGGUUCAAGCAUAUUUAAGUUUGACAUCAUACUCAACUACAAGCUAUGGCCUGUUAUACAGAAGUACCAUUCUGGAAAACCUACGCUGAUAUUCUGCAACACUCGUAAAAGUGUGAUACUGACGGCGGAGACUUUGUCUCGAGAGCUAACAAUUAGUUUCAACGAGGAGCAGAGAGCCAAACUGACUGCAUUAGCGUCUAGUAUUAAGAACAAGAAAUUACAGGUAACACUGUUUUAAAAACUGCAACGAGAGGUAUUCUUUAUGACUUUUCUUUGAUUUUCCUCCAAUUUAUAAUUCGUUCCUUUAUCCAAAGUUCAAACUCAUAUAAAGCCAAAAACUACAAGCUUUUCUUCUUCGAUUUUGCAUCCCCCCAGUGAUAAUAAGAUUAGCAAAUUAGCAUGCAGUCCGUCCAAAUUCACUUAAUCCCGCAACAUCAGUAAACAUUCCAAAGCACGCAUUUCAGAUGAAACAUCUAACCUCGCCUCUAACGCUAUGUAUAUCAGCAUUAUAGCCUUUGUCCAACUGUGUUGGAGUCGAAUUCCAAUCAAAGCGGAUGCAUCAACACAAACACUGGUACUUAACCUGUGUUUUACAGUCUCUAUCUGACAUCCUCAAUCCAGUUACCCGAGCUACACGAUAUCCUUUAGUAAGACAUGCUGCCAGAAUUUCUAGCUAAUGAACACAAUUGCAACUGUCAAAGAUGUGUAAA